GAGAAACUCAGACGUUCUAAGAGAAAACACGGAGCUAGAAAACAUGAAUGCUACCAACUUUUUCGAGUCUAAGAAUCACGAUCAACUAACUAAGCCAACUAAGGGAGAUGAUUUGCUGCCUGCCAAUUGUACUUAUUGUCAAGGACCAACAUUUACUGUCAAGUCCACGACACAGUUAAUUCUGGUAAUGCUUUUGGUUAUCACCUCUCUCGCUGGAAACUCGACCAUCUGUAUCCUAAUGAAGAGGUUCAAGAUGAUUCGCACCAUCCCUAAUAUGUUCUUAGCUAAUCUGGCCAUAGUGGAUAUCCUUAACAUUCUCACCAAUAUGCCAUUCUUCAUCAUCGUAGGCGUUUUUGAGCUAAAUCAGACGUUGCAUGGAAGGGUGGUGUCUUUACUGGUGGCAUUGGCGCAGACCUUCUUCAACAUUCUAAAGAUCAUGAGUACGUUAGCUACCAUGAUGGAUCGCCUCAUCGCUAUCACUUGGGGAUUGAAGCACUAUGUCCGGAAGACCAGAACCAAGGCUGCGAAAGCUAUCUGUGCAGCAUGGCUUGUAUCCAUGGUUAUGGUGUUGCCAUGGGUGAUGGCUAGCUCCAAGAUCGAUCUUGGAGAUGCCCCUACUUAUACCUAUAGAAUGGUCUAUUUUGAUAAGUUUGGCAAGGACAGCGCAUUUUUCUUCUUCCUGAUUUUUGGGUUGGUCUUCACGGUUUUGUCUUUGAUGACAUGCUUUAGUUUUAAAAGAAAAGUCAAGGGUUAUACCAAGCAACGCAAAGAGCACAAUAUCGACCGGAAAAUUGCACUGGAAAAGGCAAGAAUCAGAAACGAAGCUAAGGCAACGUGGACGAUUGGUCUGACCGUGGUUGCUUAUGUCCUUUCUUAUGUGCCUUGCAUCAUUUACUCUGUUUUCACCAAUGACAGGGAAGAUAUGACCAAGACGAGUGAAGCAAAGUGGUUUGGCUUUGCUGCCAAUUAUUUUCUUUUCACAUCAAGUGCAUGCAACCCCUUCAUCUACGUUGCUCGUACCAACAGGUUUCGGAAGACCAUCAAGCAGCUACUUAAGACCCCAUGUGGAUCAAGUGCAAAAUAAUCAAGUGGAUAGCAACAGCAGCAGGCACUUUAAACAAGGCGACGAGAUUAUCGCUCCAUAC